GCUAUAGCCAUCGCUAUAAUAAUAAAAGCUACAGGACUACUAACAAAAGAUGAAGGUAUAAGGUCUUUAAAAAUGUGGCUACCUUAUAGCCUUGAAAAUGGGACAUCGUAUUGGCUGACAUAUUUACUUUAUGUUGUGGCAUUUAUGAUAGCAGCACAAACAAGCGUAGCCAGUGAUACGUUUGCUAUUGUAAUGAUGCUUCAACUCUGCGCUCAAUUGGAAAUUUUAAAGCAUAGAAUACAAAAAUAUCCACAAUUGUGUAUGAAAGAAAUCCCAAAAAAACCCCGAAUGGAGCAAAGAAACCUUGGAAAGUGGAUAAAGCAUCAUAAUUCCUUGUAUAUAUUUGCUAAAAAAUUAAACGACGUAUACAGCGCAGUAUUUUUCAUCCUAUUGCUUAGUGCAACACUUGCUGUGUGUACCUGCACUUAUUUUCUCGCAACUUUGAGAAUAACUUCCAUGAAAUUUUGGUCGAUGAGUUUUCUGUUAAUAUGUAGCAUGGAAAUUAGAUAUGCAACAUAUAGCAUAGAUUGGUUUUUAAUAUCGAAAACUUCAAGGAGAGACAUCAUCCAAAUAAUUAGACGAUCGUCUAAGCCAAUAACGAUUACAGGAGGCCCGAUAUUUGCAUUGUCUAUUGAUACCUUCAAUUCGAUUCUUCGAAUGGCGUAUUCAGUGUACAAUUGUUUAAUGCAAUCUUCCUAGUGAAAAAAUAUUUGGCUGUGACAACAAGCUG